AUGGCCGUAGCCCCGUCUAGCGAGCAGCUCCACCAUGUCGUCGCCCAAGAUGACUCCCCCGCCCCCGGCCACCCGUCCAUCAACCACCAGCGCGCUCCCGACAUGGCUUCCACAACCACAACCACCACUACCAACACCACCGAUGCGCCGCCAGCCCUGCCUGCCCCCAGCGCAGAGGGCGCGCCUACCCACCCCGGCCCCAUGGACACCAUCGACAACAUGAACACGGCCAACACCCCCAGCCAUCCCCAAAUCUCCUCUCUCGCAGACCCCAUCAACCUCGCCCAGUCUGCCGACAUGAAUGGCGACACGAAUGGCGACAUGAACGGCGACAUGAACGGCGACAUGGCCGCAGCCACCGCCGUCGCUGCUCCGCUUCCCAUGGAUGUUGCCACAGCCGCCUCGGCCUUCCCUGCUAUGGACCCCUUCAUGCCCCCAACCACAAAUGAGCGCCUCACGGCUUUUGCGCGCCUGCGCUUUGACGACGGCUCCUACUACAUGCACACCUACCAGAUCACGCUCGGGCGCAACAUCCACCUCGCCCACCGUGACAUGAAGCGCCUCAUCAAGGCCGAGGCUCUGCAUGCCAAAGGCCAUACCAAAGCUGCAGAGGAAUACCUCAACGGGAAAAAGGACCGCAAGAGGAAGAAGCGCGACCGUCGCGGCGCUCGCAGCGUCAUCUCCGAAAAAGGUGGCAUCGUCAACGUACCCAUCGAGUCUAUGCCAGUGGAGUUCCAGCAGCGCCGCCAGAGCAAUGCUUCUCACUCUCUCAGCUCAAACUCCCAUCCGGCCGGCGAGGCUGCUGAAGAGAACCCUGCCGAGCGGGCGCCCCAGAACAUGCUCAUGCAGACCUUUCCCGAGGUGCCUGCCCAAUUUGACGGCCACGUGCCCGAAGAUCCCAACGACUGUCCCUUCGUGCCCAUACACCCCCAGCAAAUCAUGGCCAAGACCGGCUCGCUCGGGCCCAAGGGCAUAUCGCGCGAGCACGCCAAGAUUUUCUUUGACUUUGAUGCCGGCCACUUCUGUAUACACGUCUUGGGCAACAACGGCCUGCAUCAUGAGGGUGACUUCUAUCCAAAGGGUGAAACCGUUCCCCUGGAUCAUGGCGACCACCUGCUCAUAGGCGCCGUCAACAUCCACUUCUAUCUACCCGACGUCGCACUUACCGAGCAGCAGCGACAUCGCCAAGAAUCUGGCUCGCGUCCUAUGAGCUUUUCCUUCGAGAACGGCAAUGGCCAGCUGGAAAGCGAUGAACACAUCAGUUCUGAAAGCGAAGACCAGCAGAGUGUGAACCCUCGCCACGUCUAUUACCACCAUCCUGUGAGCGACAGCGAUGAUGACGAUGCAUUGGCCGACGAGGAAAUGGACGAUUAUGAAGAGCCACUUCCAAAGCCUCGCCAGAAAACUAAUCUCAAACUCAAGAUUAAGAACCUACCGCCAGCAUCCACCUCAAAAGACAGCAAAAAGGCACACAAGAGGAAACCCCAGCACCUCAAGGAUUCGGGCAAGACCAAAGAGUCUGCUCGUGAGUCUGCCAAGGAACCCAAGGCGCAGAAAGAGCGCAAGGAAUCAAGAGAGCAAAAGGAAACAAAGGACAAGGAGUCCAUUCCGUCCAAGGAGACCAAAGAGCCGAAAGAACCUAAGGAACCAAAGGAGAAAGGCAAAGCGCCGGCCAAGACCCCUGCAAAGACCACUGUCAAGGACGAGGCACCUGCCGAAGAGCCUGUCAAGGACAUUCCUGUGGCCACCAAGACUGAGCAGCCAAGCAAGCCUCCGCCAAACGACAGCCCACCUUUGUUGCGCAAACCACACGAAGGUGAACUCGAAGCUGGUGACAUAGAUGGUCUCAUCACAGAAGAAAUGGCCAUACAGCAUAACCUGCCCCGAAACCUCAUUGGUCAUGUGGUCGAAAAGCGCAAGGGUCCCGGCAGGCCACCCAAAGACGGCAUCAUGUCGAAGCGUCAGCGGUCUCAGCUCAUCAAGCAGGCCAAGGAUAUUGAGAGAGCGAGGGCAGCUGGCAUUGAUCCCGCUGAUAUACCUAUACCGACAAUUAAGCCAAAGGCGCCCAAGCGCAAAGAGUCGAAUGCUGGCGACGGAGAAGACGAUGGUAUUGUCGAGUCCACCGAGCACGGUGAUGGUACUUUGUCUGGUCUCCAGAAACAAGCCAAGCCGAUGAGACCACCACGGACCCCUUCACCCGAGAUGCGUAUCGAAGAUUACACAGAAGAGCAGUUACAACGUCCCACUGCAAACUACGUGGUUCUUAUUCACGAAGCCAUCUCAUCUUCCCCUACCGGUCAGAUGAAUCUGCAGUCCAUCUACACCUACAUUGAGCGCAAGUAUCCUUGGUACAAGUUCAAGACGACUACGAGCGGCUGGCAAUCUAGCGUGCGUCACAACCUAGGCCAGCACGAUGCUUUCAUGAAGGGAGACAAAGAAGGCAAAGGAUACCUCUGGCGAAUCAAUCCUGAGGUCUCGAUCGAGAAGGAGCGCAGGAAGAGACAGGCUAGUCCUCCACUCAAUCACGCACCACGACCACAAUACUAUCAGCCACCUCCCAACGGGUACCAGCCCUAUCCUCAGCCUGGAUAUCCAUAUCAUCCCGGCAUGCCCCAUGCAAUGCCGCAGGCUCCGCCAAGAUUACCCCCGAGCCUUGCGCAACCUCGUCUUCCUCCUAGUAUGGCUCGCGGUGAAGGCAAUGCUGCUGCUUCCAACGGGCCACAAAAUGCGCCCCACCCUUCACCCUAUGCAUCCCCUUGGGCCGGCGGCAACACAGGCGCCAGCCCACCAGCUGCAAACCCUCCACGGCCCUAUCCGCCACCCAAUACGCAGACAUCAACUGCCAACUCAGCAGCUGGGUCAAGUGGGCAGUAUGGCGUUCUGUUUCCCACGGCUGCACCGCAGCAGUCACCAUACAGUGGGCCCUCAGCACCAAGCCCUUAUGGUGGGCCUUAUGCUACCACCGGCGCCAGUCCAUAUGGCCCAGCGCCGCCUCGUCCGUAUCCACCAUACCCUGCAGCCGGCCAGCAAGCCAAUGCGCCUGCCGCAUCGCCCGCUCAACGUAAUGCUUCGCCUUACGGUCCGCCGCCGACCCAAGCUCCCGCACAUCCGGGCUCGUCCAACGAGGGCUCAGCUCCACAUCCUUCCGGUCGGUACCCCAUUGGCGUACAUCCAGACCUUAUUCGCCAGCUCGAGGCGUAUCGUCUCGUGUACUUGGAGAAAAGACCAGGGCCUGAUGAGCAAAAGAAGGUUGACAAUGCAAUUCGGGCGUGCGUAGACAGGACCGUGCCUGAAGCGUCAUUGACAGAACCUGAAAGAAAGUUGCUCGAAUCUAUUUGCGGUGUAGAGAGUAUCAACAAACAUGUCAAGAGAAAUGUUGCUGUCAAACCGGAGAACACACCUGUCACUGUACCAGCUACUGCCGCUGGCACCGCAGCUGCAAUCGCUGCAGAUGCCGCAGCCAAUACGUUGACUCAACACCAGCAGCAGCAACAACAACAACAACAACAAAAGCCAACUGAACAGCCUCCGUCGGGAACGCAGUCAGCGUCGCCAGCACCUCCACGCGAAAACAGUGAACCUCAAAAGUUUACGCCCAACAUGACCGGCGCAUCGCCAGCACCGUCUGCUACGGCGCCACCCUCGACUUCAACCCCAGCACCUCCUGCAGCUCCUUCACAUCGCCCAAGUGUCGAGCCCAUCACCCCUGUUCCCGGUUCACCAGCAGUCCCGAAUGGCACCCCAUUGCGGCGUCCAUUGGCUGAGUCGACUGCAGAUAGCCCGGGCCGAGCAGAAGAGAGCACCAAGACAGAGCCCAGCGAAGAAGCUACAAAAACGGAGUAG